AUGUAUGAAAAGUCCCGUCAGACAGCAGAUUCCAAAGCAUGUUGUGACUAUGCGAUGCACUUUAUCUUGUCCCAGUUCGACUCCAAAAUAUCCAAGGAAAUGGAGCUACUAGUCAAAGAAAAGGGAGUGAAUUCUUUUAGGGUUUUAUUGUCAAAUACAGACAUGUUAGUAGACGACGGUGAUUUCUUCGAAAUCGCUAAGUUGUGUAGAGAUCUUGGUGCCGUCCUUCAAGUUCAUGCAGAGAAUGGAAAAUUGGUCAAGAUACUAGAGUCGAAAAUAUACAAUGAUGGUAUUACUGGCCCAGAGGGUUACUUGUAUUCACACCCAGAAAUGGCGGAGAUUGAAGCUACACAUCGAGCGCUUUCUUUAGCUGAUGCUGCUGGUUGUCCUCUAUAUAUUCUACAAGUCACUAGCCCGAAAGCAGCAGAUCAAAUAUCAGAAGCUCGUUGGAAUGGUAAUGUUGUUGUAGGGGAAACAUUAGCCGCUGCACUGGGUGCUGAUGGUACUCAUUAUAAGAAUAGUUGCUGGCGUCAUGCUGCGGGAUAUGUUCUGUCUCCUCCACUAAGAGUUAGUCCGAAUACUCCAGACAAGCUGAUGCGUUACGUCUCCACUGGGGUUCUAGAAUGUACUGCUAGUGGUCACUGUGCUUUUAAAACUGAACAGAAAGCUUUGGGAAAGGACGAUUUCCGAAAAAUCCCUUCUGGAGUCAAUGGAGUAGAAGAUCGAAUGUCAGUUGUUUGGGAGAAAGGAGUGAUGUCUGGUUUUAUAGACCCAUGCAAGUUUGUUGCUGUGACUAGUACAAAUGCCGCUAAAGUCUUUAAUCUCUAUCCACACAAGGGAAGGAUCGAUGUUGGAAGUGAUGCUGAUUUGGUUAUUUGGGAUGGUGAUGCAACUCGCACGAUAUCAGCAAAAAAUAACCACGAAAAUGUUGACUUCAACAUAUUUGAAGGUCUCCAGUGCCGUGGCGUACCUGUAGUCGUGGUCGCUGCUGGUCGGGUUGUUCUGGAGGACGGAGAACUUAGAGUAACUCAGGGUGCAGGUCGUUUUGUACCAGCUUUACCGUUUUCACCGUACAUUUUUGAGCGAACAAAAAGACUGGCGCUGAUGCGUUCACUUAAACCUAUAACUCGUGAUUCAUAUACUGGUCCUGUGUCCACAGAAUUCACUAUUCCAAUGAAAGAUGCCAUCGUCAAUAAUGGUACAGAAAAAGUGUCACUUGGGUCCGAUGCUGACGGGUUGCGCCCUCGCUCACCUACACGUUCGGGUGGUCGGAAUAUGCAGGAAUCCAGUUUCUCUCUGAGUGGCGCUCAGUACGACGAUAGUCGUCCAAUUCGCACGGGGAUUCGGACAAAACAACCUCCUGGUGGGGCAUCAAACGCCUUAUGGUAG